AUGUCGAGCAACGUGCCUCCCCUGUACACGGACACGCCCUUGGCAUUGAUUCACACACCAAAAUUUGAAACGGGCAAAGAUGAUCCAUUCACCAUGGAAGCUUCCCAUAUGGCUCUUAGCCACAACUCCUUCAUCCGCGGUUUCAAUACUAUCUACCAGCAAGCUCCACGCCUGAAGCCCUCUGACAAGACCGACUUUGCUGGGUACUGUAUCGCUUGGGCCGACCUUGUCCUGACGCACCACCACUAUGAAGAAACCGAUUUCUUUCCGAACGUCGAUAAGGCAGCAGGUCAAACCGGCUUGAUGGCCGGCGCGGUGCACGAGCACGAGGCAUUCUCAACUGGUUUGACGCGGUUUAAAACCUACCUUGUGGACAAAGGCGCCGACUUUGACAGCGAUGAAUUGAUCAGCAUCCUCGAUUCAUUCAAAGACCCAUUGUACGACCAUCUCAAAUCUGAACCGGGGCAGAUUGUGGCUCUCUCGAAAUAUAACACUAAAGAGCAUCCCAUCGAUAUCCUAGCGAUCGCUGAUGCUGCUGGCAAAAAAGUAGUUACUAUACCCUUCCUGUUCAGCACCCUGCCUGUCUUCUUUCUGAACCAAGAGACACACGAGUUUGAGGAUGGUAUGUGGCACGGUGUGUUCCCUCCCCUUGGAACUGUGGCCAAGGCAGUAAUGAACAAGGCUGUACCCAUGUGGAAUUCGGGCCGCCGUUGGCGCUUCGUCUCUUGUGAUGCGGACGGCAAAGCCAAGCGUUUGGCUGUCUGA